AUGGGCUAUAAGUCUUCAUCUAAACUUGAAUUUCUCAGGCCAGUCAAACAUGCGAACGAUUCUGGCCUCACAGAGAAAGCCCCCAUGGACCUUGCAAACUACAAUUUCCUUCUAACAGGAAUCACCAGAGAAGUUGACCAAAAGGACAACUCUGUUACUAUUGACCCAGUUGCAUUACAACUGCCAUGGCCAAGUUCCUUCCCUGCCGCUCGUCAGAGCAAAUACUGGCUAGAGGCAGAAGCUGCAGGUAAGGACCUUUUGCAGCAGGUUAGGGAAGCCUCAUGCUCUCUGCCAGGAAGAUUACCCGAAAACUUCAGCCAGCCUUUGCCCCAUCGUGAACUUUCAGUCAUGGAACUGGACAGAGUUGCAAAUGCAUCAGGUUGCGCGGUAUAUAUGCAUCCAGACUGCGGCAAAACGGAGGUUUCCAUAAUCUCAAAGCUAGAUCAUCUUAUAUGGCUUCACGACGAUGUUGUUGAAACUCAGAGUUUUGACAGUUCUGAAUCUACAAUCACAGAGAUCAUUGUACGAUACUGGCCAGAAAUUUUGGUUAAUCCUCAAUCCUUCCACGCAUAUUCUGGAGACUGGUUUGUGAAGCUAGCACUAGAAAUUAUGAGUGCAAAUACUCAGGGGCCAGGUUUAAUGCGGGCAUUCUUUUCUUGGAUGGGUGCUACGAGAUUAGAAACUAGAGAAGACUUCACCUCUUUGAGGGAAUACCUUGACUAUCGCGCUGUUGAUAUUGGACAAGACUACAUAUUUGCCUGCGUGCGAUUCAGUGAGAACAUUCAGCUUUCGAAAACUGAGGAAGAUCCCCUGGGGAAACUGAAAAAGCUUUCAAUUGAUCAUAUCAUUCUUGUAAACGACUCCUUUUCCUAUGAAAAGGAGAUACAAGAUUCGAGACGUCACAAAUCCCCAUGCAUUAAUGCGAUCAAAUACAUCGGGGACACCUUGGCAAUUGAGAAGAAGUCGGCAAAGAAAGUUGCUGGUUGUCUUCUUCGAACCUUGGAAAGUCAAAUAUGUGAAGAGUAUAAGCAAUUGCAAGACUCCGAGGUACUGAAUUUGUCGCAGGUUAGAACCUAUAAAAUCAUGCGAUUGGGGUUUGGAAACAACUUUCUCUCUACAGCACAUGGAAUGCAGUUUCAGGUGGCUCUGUAUUAG